AUCAGAGCGCGCCGCCGCCGCACUCGAGCCAAUCGGAGAGCGCCGCUACCGCACCGCCCGGUGCGGCCCCUCUGCGCGGAGCUGCCGGCGCGGCCGCGGGCGCAGCUGGAAACUAGCAUUAGCAUUCCCCACUUGACUCUGCAGCUGUGAGAAACUGCUAUGGAAGACCCCGAGAAGAAGACUGAAGUAGUACUGCUAGCCUGCGGGUCCUUCAACCCCAUUACCAACAUGCACCUACGGCUAUUUGAGCUAGCUAAAGACUACUUCCAUGAAACAGGAAAAUACAAAGUCACCAAAGGAAUAAUCUCACCAGUUGGUGAUGCGUAUAAGAAGAAAGGUCUGAUCAGUGCAGAUCACCGAGUAGCUAUGGCAAAACUAGCUACAAAAAACUCUGAUUGGGUGGAAGUUGAUGAUUGGGAAAGCAGCCAGAAUGAGUGGUUGGAAACACUAAAAGUUUUAAGGUACCAUCAACAAAAGCUUUUAUCUCCUGAUCCCACAAACAGCCUGCAGAAUGCUAUACCUGUAACAAAGGCAGGACGGAAGAGGAAGCAAGAACCAAAUAGGCAUGAGCCCAUUAAAAAGAAAAAUCAGAGUCCAGAUAUAAAAAGUGCCCCACAGCUUAAACUGCUUUGUGGAAGUGACAUGCUGGAGUCUUUUGGGAUCCCCAAUCUGUGGAAGUUGGAGGACAUCACUGAAAUUGUGGAAACUCAUGGCCUUGUAUGCAUCAGUAGAGCUGGCAACAACGUUCAGAAGUUCAUCUAUGAGUCUGAUAUUUUGUGGAGACAUAAGAAUAACAUUCACCUUGUGGAAGAAUGGAUCACAAAUGACAUUUCCUCCACCAAGAUUAGGAGAGCACUGCGGAGGGGCCAGAGCAUUCGUUACCUAGUGCCUGAUGCAGUUCAAGCAUACAUAGAAAAGCAUAACCUGUAUAGUCCAGAGAGUGAAGACAGGAAUGCUGGGGUUGUCUUGGCUCCCUUGCAGAAGAAUGCGAGGGAUUCCAAGAACUAACAACUAAUAGGCACUAUACAACAUUCUGCUGUGAAAAAAGCGCUACAGUUUGGUACAGGAAAGCAUGUUUUUUAAGGGUUAGGUUUUUUGUUCGUGUUUUUUUAAAGUAAAGAGCAGGCUAAUUCUGUGGCUUUAUUACACAUGUAGUUGCUGUUGAGGUUUGGUGCACUCAAUAAUUGGACCUACAUAAUCUUUUUUAAAUCCAGUCAGAUUUUCACGUAUAACGUGUCACAGUGCAGUGAACUCAAUACAAGAAUUCACACUUCCUUAUGAAAAUUACAGAUUAACAAACCAACCAAAGAAGAAUGUUUUGAUUGGUUUUAACUCAGACCACUGUGAGUCUAAUUCUUAACAACUUCCACUAUUU